CUGCGCCCUGCCACCGUAACUCCUACGCCUGCCUCCACACCUCAUGGCCGAGAACCACAUACCGCUCGAUCCCACGGUGCGAGGAGGGGCCCUGAAAUGGAUAGCAAACGAGUAUUACGACCUGAACGGCUCGCACUACGACGUUUUGGACGAACUACCCUCACCCCUUGAGUUCUCCCGGCUGAUUCACAUCUCCAGACCAGUGUUGAUCAAAGCAAGUGAAAUGCCGGAAAUCAUCUCCCUCUGGACAGAUGAAUACCUUGCCGAGCGGAUGGAAGACCGGCAGAUAUCCAUCGCUGUCACACCGACAGGACGCGCUGACGCGAUUACUCGCGGCCACGACGGUCGACUGUAUUUCGCCGAACCACAUGUCGAGAAAAUGGCAAUGGACGCUUUCUUAGCAAAGAUUGCUCCAGACCGCCCUGAAAGCAAUGCAGUGGACAAAGAAGUGUAUUACCUCCAAUCGCAGAACGGCAACAUGUUCACCGGGCGCUACUUCGAUCUGACAAGCGACCCGGACCCUUCAGAGUUCGCGCCGCUGCGCGCGGAUGUUCCCAGCGAGAUAUCAUGGUGUAGCGAAGCACUCGAUAGGUGUCCAGACGCAGUGAACUUGUGGAUAGGAAAUAGUGCGAGUGUAACAAGCGUGCACAGCGACCCAUAUGAGAAUAUUUAUUCCGUCAUUCGCGGGGCGAAGCACUUUACGCUGUUCCCGCCAACUGAAGGCUGGUGCUUACUGGAACACAGCUAUCCACACGCUCGCUAUGUCCGCUCUCAGGCCACGUCCCAACUGGAGCUGAUUCCAUCGCCACCAACGACGUCGGAAGUUCGCUGGUCUUCGGUCCUUGAUCCCUCCGCCGCGGUGUUCCUUCCUUCUGAAGCCCAUCCCAUUCAUAUAACCGUUCACGCAGGUGAGACGCUCUACCUCCCCGCUGGGUGGUGGCACUACGUCCGGCAGUCGGAGGUAACCAUUGCCAUCAACCAUUGGUAUGAUAUGGAAGGUCGUGGGACGGCGUGGGUCUGGCUCAAUCUGCUCAGAGGACUAAUUGAUGUCCCUCCUGGGAACGGAGACGAAGAGCAGAUAUGAAAUGUGACGGAUCGACGAUGUAAAUACACAAAUUGUCGCUGUUCACACAGGACAUUCAUCAUCGACUGCA